GCCAGGAGGAGACACGCGUGUGAAGGCAGACUCCUUGGAUGUAUACUUUUGCCUGACGACGACGAUUGGAGGGAGCUGCGCCGCUUGACCUCGGGGAGGAGGAGCUGCAGCGGUGGCGGCCAGGCAGCAGGCGCCCUCGCCUUUCCGCCGCCCUUCCUGCGGCCAAGCAAGGAACCGAGCCCGGCUCUUCCCCGGGGAAAGGGACCCCCGCCGCCAUGCUGAGGGCUCUGCGGAGGCGCUGGGAGGCCUACAAGUACCGCUUCGUGCCUUGGAUCGCGUUCAACCUCGGCCACAAGCGCAGAACUCUGCGGUUUGUACCAGAAGGCUCUAAAGACAAAACGGUUUCUGAUGAAGAUGUGCUUCAAACACUCCUGAAAACUUUCACAGCUUUAUUUGUAAAUGACUUGAGGAGACAAACAUUUCUUCUUAGCUUUCUUCCAAAAGUUAAAUCUAAAUACCUGGACCUGCAGAAAGCUCAGCCCGAGACAAACCAAACAAUUGAUGACAGCCAUCAGAAUCAAAUCAUCUUCAAUCCAGAAGACGUUCUCCUUCAUACUUUAGGAUUCAGCAUUACUCGGAGGCGCAGCUCACUUAUUUCUGCUGGAACAGGAGUCUUUGUAACGAAAGGUUUUGUUCCAAAAGGAGCAGUUGUAUCUAUGUAUCCUGGCACAGUCUAUGAAAAGUAUGAGCCCAUAUUUUUCCAGUCCAUUGGCAAUCCAUUUAUAUUUAGAUGUAUAGAUGGAGUGCUUAUUGAUGGGAAUGACAAAGGAAUAUCAAAAGUUAUAUACAGGUCAUGCAGCAAGAGAGAUCAGAUUGGUCCUUUGAAAAUGAGUGACGUAUUUUGGCUUACAACUGGUCUGCAGAAUCCACUGGCAGUGGGGCAGUAUGUCAACAAUUGCUCACCUGGUAAAGCAGCCAAUGUAUGCUAUCAGGAAUUUGACGUGCCUGAAAAUUUUCCUAUAGAAUUUAAACAGUAUCUUCCAAACAUAAACUACUGUCAUGAGAUACAGAGGCCCCUUAGAUGUGUCGUUCUCAUUGCUCUCCAAGACAUUGGACCAGGAGAAGAGCUUUUCUCAAACUAUUACACAAUUAUCAGCUGAGCCUGAGGAUCCACUGACUGACCAGUUUUGGACUCCUGAGAGACAACCGUUUGGUGGAAUCGCACUCCCUGCAACUCUGGAUCCACCCAGACGUGGGAAGACUUGCCUGCAUAAGUAAUAGUUG